AUGAAUCCAGAUGAAGGUACUGACGAUGACGUGGAUAUGAAUAGUUGUGACAAUGACCCUACAAGCGACGGAAAAGAAAUAACACCAUAUCGGCGGGUGAGAGAUCCAGCAACUCACGACGGCAUUGUAUUUUAUCCGGAGACGAAGAGGCUUCAUCGAACUAGAGACCGACGAAUUCAAGAUGGACAGUGA